AAUCCGGAUCAGUUAUUGUUGAAGACAAACACACACACACACAUAGACAAUGUCUGCUAAUUAUAUUUGUCCACAAAAUUGUAAUAACUUUCAGCAUUGCUGUCGGAUAUCAACCAAACAUAUCGAUGCUGCCAACAGUGUUAAUGAUGAUAAUGAUAUUCAAUACAAAUUUUGCCAACACAUUAGUAUAGUAAAUGUGUCCAAUAUAUUGGGUGCAAUCGUCAAAAAUUAUGUCUAUCCCGAAACAAAUAUUUGCCUAUAUUUAGGCGAAAAUACUACUACUACUAAUAAUAAUACCAUUAAAAAAUACCAUUAUUUACAUGACCAGUUUAUUUACAUUUAUCAUAAUAGGAAAUAUGAGAUCCUAGUUAAAUCAAUUCAAGUAAAACUAUCCAUCCAUCCAUCCAUACAACCCAUUCAAGGAUCCGGUCUAAACAGUUAUAAGGAUUAUUGUAUAUUACCUGAAACUACCGAAACAAUUGGCAAAUUAAAACAACAGUUGGCCACUAAAUACGGUUUACAGUUGACUAAUUUGAUAAUGUUUUUGUCUGAUUUGACAAAUAAUAACUUUAAACGUCAAUUAACCGAUGAUAUGCCCAUUGUUUUUGCCUGGCUAUACCCAAAUAUUACCGAUAGUUGUAUUAAUAUCCUACCACAGCGGUACUCUAGUUGUACCGAUUGUUAUGAUAGUUGCCAUCAGUAUUACUGUCGGAUUGACAUCAAACAGAUCGACCCCAACAACAACAACAGUAGCGGUGGUGAUGAAGAUAUUAAAUACCUGUUUUGUCGACACACCGUACGGGUCGCUGUUGAGGAUAUAUUCAAAGCAAGUGUCGAUGGAUAUAGCGAUACAGAUAUUAGUUUAGAAAUACUAAGCAUUAACAACAACACUGAUAACACCAUCGAUGAUGAUAAUGAUAAUAAUGAUACCAAUUGGUGGUUAACUAAAGACAAGUCAAUUGAUUUUACCGAUUAUACCGUCGAACAGAAACAGUCGGGUAGUAUCGGGUUUGCUGUCCGUGCGGUUCGGGUUCGGAUAAAUGUGUCGUUGGCUGCACUCAAACAACAAUCACAGGGAUCGACAGCUAAUCAAACAUAUGAUAUAUUGCCGAUACAGACACCAACUAUCGGUCAAUUGAAACACAAGUUGGCCCUGAAGUACAUGUUUGCCACUGAAACCCAUACAUUAUAUUUGACUGAUUUGUCGGAUACCAAUGCACCCCAAGAGGGACGUCAACUCAACGAUGACCAGUCCAUAGCUAAUGCCUGGCUAUACGGCACUUAUAGCCGUAGUGUUAUUACAGUCAUACCCAACAAAGGUGUUAAACAAUUGACUGAUGUUAUCAACCGAUCAAAUGAUCUAAUCCUCGAAAAGAUAACAACACUUCUGACGGCUAAUAGUGGCCAAAGUUUUCGCAAUCAAACCACUGAUGAUAUCACUGAUGCUGUCAUUAAUGCCAACAAUAAUAUAUUAACCGAAAAUAACAAACAAUUGUUGCAAACAAUUAGCCAGAGUUUAAUCACUGUCAACAAUAACAAUAAUGACUUAUUGACUGCAAAGUUAACUGAAUUAUCGACCAAUUUGUCGGACACUAUGAGAGACUGUUUUACUAAUCAAACCAUUAGUAUCACUGAUACUGUAAUCACUAACAACAAUAACAAUAAUGAUUUAUUGAUUGAAAAGUUGACUGAAUUGUCGACCAAUUUGUCUGAAACAAUGUCGACAAUGAAUACAUGUUUGACUGAAACAAUCAAUAAGUGUUUCGCUAAUCAAUCAAAAGCCAUAACCGAUGCGAUCAUCACUUCAAACACCAAUAAAGACAACAAUGAUGUAAUAACUACUGGAAAACUAAUGUCGUGUUUAGCCAAUCAAACCAAACAUUUAAUGAAUGUGUUGACUGUGAGAGACAAAUAUUUGUCGGAUAUUUUGGUCGACAAAUCGGAUACCGAUAGCCAAUGGACUAGUAGUCAAUCAAUUGUCCGAUUAGUUGACGAAUCCAUUGAUGACGAUAACCAAAGCGAUGACAACAACAACAAAACAAUUGGCAGUCAAUCGGUUACCGAAUCGUUGGACAACAACCACAACAACACUAAUCCAAAUGAUAUCAAUAUUAACAAUACUGAUAAUUACAAUCAAUUGAAUUGUGAAUUUAAUGGCAAUGUUGUUGACUAUCAUCAGAUCGAUGUCAAGCACAGGGACUCGGAUGAGAUACAGGAGCUCAAGGAUAUGAUUAAACAAAUGCAGAUAAGAAUCAGUGAAUUGGAGAAAAAAUGA